AUGAUCGCUGUUGCCAAACCAUGCCAGAGCUCACUAAACAAGGCCGGACUCGCUCAGCCGGCCUCUCGGACAAAAGCCGGACUCGCUCUGCCGGCCUCUCGGACAAAAGCCGGACUCGCUCUGCCGGCCUCUCGGACAAAAGCCGGACUCGCUCUGCCGGCCUCUCGGACAAAAGCCGGACUCGCUCAGCCGGCCUCUCGGACAAAAAGCCGGACUCGCUCUGCCGGCCUCUCGGACAAAAGCCGGACUCGCUCUGCCGGCCUCUCGAACAAAAGCCGGACUCGCUCUGCCGGCCUCUCGGACAAAAGCCGGACUCGCUCAGCCGGCCUCUCGGACAAAAGCCGGACUCGCUCUGCCGGCCUCUCGGACAAAAGCCGGACUCGCUCUGCCGGCCUCUCGGACAAAGGCCGGACUCGCUCAGCCGGCCUGUGGAACAAGGCAGGCCGGCAGAGCAAGCCCUGA